AGUCUGAAUGUAACACUCGAAUCAACCGGCGGUUACCCUCCCAUCUCAGAUGCCACUUUUGGGCCUGGGUCAACCAAAGCGUGCCUUCAUUAGCAACAUUGUUGGGUCUGGCGUUAUCAGCUCUAGCAGGCUACUUACAAUAUAGUUUACGUUACGGUGUAAUUUGUCCGGGUACGGUGAAAUUGAAAACGAGUUGAUACCAGCUGUGCGACGAUGAAUUCAAAUAGCGAAUUAGGAGGCAAUCAUAAUCAUAGUGAUGGAACUGAAACCGACUUCAAGGAACGUCUACCGAACGUUUAUUCGGCAGUUGCUCCACAUAUUCGAUCGAUUUGUACCACCAAGAGCCUGCGAAGACGUAUCCACGUACUCGAGUGGUUACCCAAAUAUCCACUGAACUACUUACUGUCCGACAUAAUUGCCGGAAUAACGGUAACGUUGACAGCCAUACCUCAGAGCAUAGCCUAUGGAAUCUUGGCCAAUCUACAACCGCAGGAUGGCAUCUACUCCAACCUGAUAGGAUGUUUCAUGUACUUUCUAUUCGGAAGCGUAAAGGAUGUUACAGUGGCGCCCACAUCGAUCAUGGCGAUCAUGGUUCAAGGAAUCGUCGCGAAACUAGGGUAUGGUGCAGCACUGCUGACAUUGCUGGCCGGCGGAGUGACGUUUUUGUUCGGCCUGUUUCAUUUGGGAUUUUUGGUUCGAUUCAUUUCGAUGCCGGUUAUUACAGGAUUCAUAACGGCUGCCUGUUUGACCAUCGGUACCUCACAGCUAAGGUCGCUUCUUGGGAUUAGCAGUCCAGGAAAAAGUAGCGACUUUAUCGACGCAUGGGAGAAUGUGGUUCUGAACAUUGGCCAAACUCGGCUGUGGGAUGCCUUGUUGGGAUUUUCGUCAAUCGCGUUUCUUGUUAUUCUUCGACUAACAAAAGACUGCGGUAAGGGACACUGGAAAACGUUUUUCAAGUACCUUGCGUUGUUGCGCAACGCCAUGAUCGUGAUAAUCGGCGCGUGCCUAGCCUAUGGAUUCUCCCGUAGCGGCACACAACCAUUCGUUCUGACCGGCCAUGUGGAAUCUGGACUUCCACCGUUCCGUGUCCCACCGUUCUCCAUAACAAACAACGGAACCUACUACUCCUUCUCCGACAUGAUCUCCGUAAUGGGAACGUCGAUCAUCACAAUUCCAUUGGUGUCAACCUUGGAGAUCAUUUCCAUCGGGAAAGCCUUUUCCAAGGACAAAAUGAUCGACGCUACGCAGGAAAUGUUCGCACUGGGUAUGUGCAACUUAGCCGUGGCAUUUUUUUCACCACUUCCCGUAGCAGGCUCCUUCACUCGAACCGCCAUUAACAAUAGUAGUGGAGUGAAAACAUCCCUCGGAUGUGCCGUAACAGCCGCUCUGCUAAUGCUGUCUUUGGCCGUCUUGGCGGACGCAUUUUACUACAUCCCCAAAACCACACUCGCUUCGGUUGUGAUCUCGGCCAUGAUCUUCAUGGUGGACUACCGAGGGAUGGCGGAAAUCUGGCGCGUUAAAAAAAUAGACAUGGUCCCGUUUAUUGCAACGGUGAUUGCUGGCGUGUUCCUGGGACUUGAUUUGGGCAUCCUCAUCGGAAUCGCGAUCAACAGCUGCGUUUUGCUAUACCUGGUGUCAGCCCCUGAGAUUGAUAUCGCCUUUUCACUGGUUGAAGAUAUCCGAGUACUUCUGAUAAGGCCAGCCAUCGACUUGACGUUCUCCUCGGCAGAGUACCUGAGGGAUCGAGUCUUGCAGGCUGUAGUAAAAACCUACGAAAAUGAAGUGGAUCUGGUCGUUCUGGAUGGAAGCAGAGUCAAUUUCGUGGACACGACGGUGGUGAAAAAUGUGGCAAGUUUGGAGAAUGACCUGAGUUCUAGGCAGGUAGGAUUGAUACUGUGGAGGUGGAAUAAGAGUACGGCAGGUGGAAUGGUACGUCUUAGGGAUGGAUUUAGAACAUUGCUGAGCAAUGCAGAAAGUUUUGUUGAAGCUGUGCAGCAAUGGAAGGCAUCGUCAGAUGGUUAUCUCAAGGAAACUUCUGAUUGAAGGUAACGAGGGAGAUCGGUGUGUAACUCUAACCUGUAUGUGUAUAAUGACUAAGCGAAAGAUUACUGUUCGGAAAAUUGACGGAACCCAUCCAGAAGGGUUCUCAGCAUAUUGUUAUAGCUAGAGAGUAUUGUGCUUGAGCGAUGAUGAUAAUAAAAUCAGAAUUUGUUUGAUUGACCACGAA